CUAUCAGAAGGUCAAAGGAUCUUUUAAUACACAGCAUAGCUACCUACAGCAAGUUAUAUGGAAUCAAAAUCCUGGAACCACUCAGGAGAAAGUGCAUUUCAGUGACACAAGGUUGAAUGCAUCAUCCAUUGCUGUCCAUGGGAUGAAAUGGGAAAAUGAGGCAUUAUAACAGGGCCUCAUCCAUUCCUUUCUUCAUGACACGUUGGAAAAAGAAAUAUGCAUCUCUGUACAAAGUCCCAAACAAUUUCUCUAUUUGGAAUGAAUUAGUCCAAAGGAAGAAAAUAUUCUUUCUACACCAACAGAAGAAGCUACUGCUGUUAAAAUUGAGGUUAUCACUUCAACAGUUGAAUCUAAGUGCUUAAGUGACGUCCACCAGUUCACUGACCAAUCUGGCACGGUUGAACCUACCAGGAGCAAAAAGCCCCCACCGACACAAACUCCGGGGAUCAUUAGAACACGCAAGCUGUCCCGCCACGACAAGGCACUGACACCAGAGGACAGAGAAAUGAGCAACUGAAAUGUAUAAAGGAAACACUGACUGUUACACUGAAAGUAAAACUGAUCAGCUUUGUGAGAGAGACUUAAGGAGAUCAGCAGUCCUCAGGUUUCUUCUCUCCACAAAGGCGAGCCAGAAACUGCUCUCAUCCUGUCAGCUGGAGACUCACGCUGUGGACCUGGAAGUUUCGUUUCCAAAGCCCUGUUCUUCCCAAGGAGGAGGAAAACCAAGGAGCAGUAAACAGAUGAAAGAACAGCUCAGUUCUCAGAUGACUUACCAAGGUCUGAUGUUGAGUGUGGUCUUUAUCAUGCUCUGCAGGACAGAAGCAGACACAGUGACACAGAAAAACGUGGUGAAGGUGGGUGGCAACGGGACCUUGAGCUGCUUCCUGAAGGAGUCACAUGACGUUCUGCAAGUUACAUGGCAGAAGAAAAAUACUGGAGUGAAUGAAAAUUUGGCCACAUACAGUGUAUCUAAAGGAGUAAAUAUUGUUGAAAAAUAUCGAGGUCGAUUAAAUUUCACACGCCUGUCACUAAAUGAUACGACCAUUACCCUCUGGAGAGUUAGAAUCCAGGAUGACGGAUGUUACGCAUGCAUCUUUAAUACCUUUCCCACAGGAGCCAUCGUACAAGACUCCUGCUUGACUGUCUAUGAGCAGCUGAGAGGAUCUCUCCAUUAUGUCGUCUCUGAAGGUAACCUGACAGCCACUUGUUCUGCUAAUGCCUGGCCUCGUCCUGUGAUCUCCUGGAUUGUGCCAAAAGCUGAGAGUGAAAAGACAGAAGAGGUGGUCACGCACCCCAAUGGAACAGUGUCCGUCAUCAGCAAACUCUAUGUCAACAGUUCUACAAGCCUGGCAGGCCAAUUGCUGAUCUGCAGAGUACGGCACAUGGAGGAAGACAGAGAUUACAGCGUGAAAGUGAAAGAGGGCAGGUGGUUUUCAGUUCCUUGGUUGCUGACCUCAGUGACCCUACUCGUAGUGUUCGUUGGGUUGGUUCUGACUGUGGUGUGCUGCAGAAGACGCAGGAAAAAGCAAAGCGAAUCUAAAGCAUCUUAACCCAUCUACUGGAUCAUUCCUUGGCAAACCUGAUUCAGCAUUAGGCGCAGUGACCUGGCGUGGCCUGAAAGUAACAUCAAUAAAAGGGAAGUGUGAUCCAACCUAGACUCUGUAGCUGGAAGAUAGGAAGUAAAACAGUGACACCAGAUUCAGACAUGUAAGGGAUAGACCUAAUGUCAUCUAUCUCAGUCCCACUGGACAGCAACUAUCCACCUGCUUCUUUCCUCCUAUCUAGCUGAUAAGGUUCUUCUUCACAGGGCCGGCUCCAGGCACCAGCUUCUCAAGCAGGUGCUUGGGGCGGCACGUCCAGGUAUUCGGCGGCAAUUCAGCGGAUGGUCCCUCACUCCGCCUGGGA